CGCAGGUACAGCCCGUCGCACGGGCGGCGGCUUUUUUUUGAUGAAAUGAUCCUAUCUUUUUUAACGAAGAGGUACUGAGCGAUCUCACCCGUUGUUGUAUUUAGAGGAUUAUAUCGAAGAAGAAGUGUUGUGAUUGGUUCGCAUAACCUUCUCACUUUCCUUUUGGCUCACUUGAUCCCCCUGAUCUAACCAAUACCGUUCAUAAGUUGCUUUUGGUGGGUUUGCUAAGGCAGUUUGCUGAUGUGGAUGAGGUCAAAGUGGUUUGUUGACUAAUGGGGCCAUGUUGUCAGGUGAGAGAACAGAAACAAAUGAGCAAGAAGCAAGCGACUGUAGAUGAGCAAGCUAGCAUCAGAUCCAUGGAGAAAGCCGCCCCGCAGGUUCCCAGGAGAGAUGCCAAGAAGCUUGUGAAGUGCCGAGGCUGCAGCUGCACGCCAAGAUGGUCGCGCCCGUGGAGCAGUCUACCGGCACGCCCAUCACCGAUUGAGCGGCCGGCGCCACCAGCAGCCAUGCUAAUCGUGCUGAGCCCGCAGGUGGUCGCGGCCGUCGCCUCCUGCAGCGCCUUUGCGCUGCCGCCCGCGCUAGAGCAGCCGGGGAGCAUCAUCAAGAGGCAGCACGCGAAGAAGCAGGCGGCGGCGCUCGAUGUGGCUGCCACGAGGCGCCCGGGAUGGUUCCGCUCUGUUCCGUCGCCAGUCGCCACCGCCCUUGUGCUUGACGCCGACGGCCUUGAAGUGCCUCUCCCGAAUCGUGCCAACAAGCUGGUCCUCCCCUUGGAACGAAUUGGCCCGAGACCAUCUCCUUCCUCGGCUCCGGCGAAGUCGCCGCGAACAUUUCUCCAAUUCCGGCAAUGAGAUGGCCGACAGAAACGAGCUUCCCGUCGAGCUCCACCUCCGGCCCCCACUCAGGAACAAUGCUGCCUCAGCUCUGGCCGUUGCGAGUAAGCGAGGCGUACAACAGUCAGUCUGCCUCGAAUCCCUGGAGAUGAUAGUGUCGUUGCCGGCCUCUGCCGGCCAUUCCCGCCGGUGAGAGCUCCCGAAGCCGCCCGACCUCAAAGCUCCUCCUGACGAUGUGGCCCCACUAGUCAACAAACUGCUUUGACCGCAUCCAUGUCAGCAAAACCACCAUGCUAACCCACCAAUGACGAUUUCCGAACGGGAUUGGUUA